AUGCAGGGGGAUGCGUACUAUGGGCCUGGCGUGUACGCCAAUAGGCUCCCGCCAGUCACGCCCAUCUACAAGGUUCUUGACAACAACUAUGACAUGGACGGCGGAGUACAACACAGGGGAACGGACAAGAUGGACAGAGCCGAUUUCGUCGUGUGCUUCGAGGUCGAUCUUUACAAUGAUGACUCCAUCAUCGUCAUCAAUGACACGGCUGGAAGAUCCGUCUUGACGAUCGGUGGCGGACAAAACGUGAGCCUAAGCACGGCUGUGGAUCAUGGCCCUGCGCAGGACGUUGCCAAUCGCGAGGAGGCCAGGCAGAAGUUUUGCGCAAUGCGAGCCGAAGAUGGCCUUCUUGACAUGAUUUGGGGGAGAUUGGUCCUCAACACCAGCAGAUGCUCUUUGGGCUUCUGGCAUAUGGACAAGCUCAACUACCAGGAGGCCAAAAAGCUUCACGAUGGCAAGCUACUAGACCUGCGAAGCUCUGCCCUUACGCCAGACCAAUUUGCGAAGAAUGUGUCGUGGGUGAGGCAAUCGGAUCAGUGGGCUCCAGCAGACGAUGGCACCCUGCGCUUUCAGGGCGAGGCUGGUACACACAAUGCAGCGGAGCUUGGCUUUGUAGGCUUUGACAAAGUUAUGGUGGUAGUCUGGGACGGCAGCCGGUCACCAGAAUUUCGAGGCUUCCUGCUUCACGGUAAUAUUGACGAAGUGGAGGCGAUCAUGGCCAAGAAACAGGCAGAGUGGUCCAAGCACUUUGCCAAGCUCGAGUCUCUAGCGCCAGGAGGUGAGGAAGUAAAGUUCUUGUGGAUCUUGUUGCAGCUCCUCACAACGAAGGAGUGCUAUUAUGAGUUCUGA